UCCGAGAGACUCGCAUCAGGCAGCAUGACACUGUGUGUUUGCUCAGAACAGCACGCGAUGUCUGCAGGUAUCUGAAGAGUCUGUGGUUUGCUGAGCGAAUAAUCGCUGAUGUGAUGCUGAUGCACCUGACCAUGGGUUUCUCUGUCUGUGCUGAACCGACUGUCCGCUGGAGGGUCUGCUGCUGCUUUUAGGAUCGUGUAUGGAGUUAAACGGUCUUCUGUCAACUGAUCAAGGCUCAUCGAUCAGCGUGACUAAUCGACAGUAAUGAAGAGCGUGUUUACAGUGAUGAGCUGGAGGACGCGGUGAGUCGCGCCACAUGCGGGUUCUUCACAUCACUUCAGUGCUGCAUGAGCGUCGAGAGCGUUUCCACCACAGGAGCGAAGGAGGGAUGCUGGACCCGCUCCGAUCUCACCUUUGGCCUUUUGUGUUUGGUCACUGUUUGCUCUCGUCGUAUCUUCUCUUGUGUCAGGCGGAGCUCCAGACGUCUUGCUCUCAGCACGGCAUAAACAGAGGAGCUGAGGGUUGCCAGGUGUUGUGCCACUGUAGGACGUACCCUCCUGUACCUCCUCCACCUCCUCCUCCUCCUCCACCGCGAGGACUGAUCGCUAUGGCUCCUUCAGCUCCUGCUGUUCUGCUGAGGCCCUGGUGGAUGGAGAUCAUCGUGGUUGGGACGACAGGAAGUGCUUUGGCUGUCUUUCUUUUGCUAACUGUCAUUAUCUGCUACAAGGCCAUAAAAAGGAAACCAAUGAAGAAGGAGAAGAAUGGAACAAACUGUGGAGAAGAUGCAGUUAGCUCUUUCAAAAAGACCAACAAUGCUGUGGUGGGCACGAGGAGUGUGUAAAAUCCAAAAUAUGAAAUAUUUCCAGCUAAUCAUAAAGUCAAUGAGGUCAGAAUAAUGCAAACUGAUCCAAAGCCCCUCCGGAUGCAAUUUGAAGUGACGGGGCUGCAGAUUGCACUGCUGCUGUGUCGAUUUGCAUCAAAGACAUUUGCAUGCUAGUUUGGUAAAAUCACAUAAACCCAGUUAAUGACAAAUGUUUGGCAAAUAGAUUUCAUAUAGUCAUUCAUUUUAUGUUAACAUGUGUCUUGUGUUUUUAAGUUUAAUUUACACAAUGAUUUAUGCAACUUGGACUGGAAAUUUCUGAAGUGUAAUUUCUGGGGUGUGUAAUGUCGUUGCACAAGGUGAUGCGCAUGGCACAGGUCAAUGUGUGUCACCGCUCACCGUUCUUCAGCACGUGAUGCUUUGGAUAUUUCCAGUCUCAAGGUUAAGACACUAAAUGUGCUACUAACGUAUCUUGUAACAGGCAGAGAGGGCAUCUGAACAGACUAAAAGCUCUUGGCUGCGUGGUGAUUACAUGUCAGGUUAGGGUCAAGCAGCAGACGAGUUUGAUGCACUUAUAAGGCUGGAAGGAUUUAUGUUGACCCAUAAUCCAGGAAGGUCAUAAUUAAGAUAAUUACUGAUGUUGUUGACCUUGCUGAUGUGCCGGACAGACUUGGAUAUGUUGGAGCAGUGGAUUUGGAUUUGUUGUUCUUGUGUCUGUGCAACUGCCUUUCUCAAAAAAGUGCCCUAAGAAAUAUGAGAUUUUCUUUUGCACUGUGAAGUGUGCUGAAUAAAUUCUCAGCAGGCAGUCACAAUGUAUUAUAUGUAUAAAGUGGUAUAUAAAUUAUGCAUGAAUGUAAAUACUGAGAACAGAAAACCAGCCUUCAUGACUGUUAUCUGCUUGCAUAUGUUUUUAUAUAGUAGAAAAUCUAAAUUUGUCUUGUCAGUGAAAAACUCCAGGUUGGUUACUGGAAAUUAAAGGAGUUACGGUAUUGAACGGCAUAUCCCACAGUCUUUGUCAUAGAUGUGCAAAGCUACAUUUUCUAAAUCCACUAGUUGGUGGGAAGCUUGAACAGAUAUGAAGCCUUGUUUAAAUAAAGCAGGGGUGUCCAAACCUGUUCCUGGAGGACCAUUGUUCCGCAGAGUUUAGCUCCAACGCUAUUAAAACACACCUGAACUAAAGUAAUCAAGGUCUUUGACCUCGCUGAGCUCUUCUCAAAUGGAAGGCUGCGUCCUUCCUAAAUCAGUCUUUCUGAGGCUUGUAGGUUAGAACCCUUCUCUGCAUUAAACUAGAAUGAGACAUUAUAGUAAUGGCCCUUUCACUCAGGAUGUGGAAUGCGCUAAACUAUUAAACUGCGUCGACCAAAGCCCACACGCAGCGAUGUACACCACUGGCAUGCAAGCUGCGCAUGGCGCGCUCAAAACUCCAUCGGUGACAAAAAUAGAGGAAAAAAACCUUGGGAGAAACCAGGCUCAGUCGGGGGGCCAGUUCUCCUCUGAUCAGAUGAAUCAGCAGUUUAAUUCCAGGCUGCAGCAAAGUCAGAUUUUGCAGAGGACUCAUCUGGUUCCCGUGGUCUUGUGCUGAUGACCGUCUAGGUGAUGAGGUCUUUGCUGUGGAUCUGUCUCUGGGGCUCAUCUGGUCUCUGCUGACAUUCAGGGCUGUAGAGGUCAUCUCUAGGUGCUGAUCCACCAUCUGAUCUGGAUACGGACUGGAUCUGGUGGUUAAGGUGACCUCGGAAUAAGAAUGAAAAAGACUUAUAUUAGCGUCUAUGCCAUUCUUCUACGAUGUAACAAAUACAUCGGGUGUUAUGGGAAGUGUUCCCGGUUGACCAAAUUAAUGCAGCCUAACAGUCCUUUAACGGAUUUGAAUUAUAGAAAUAUGUUGAUGUGUUUCGUGUAAGCCAGGUUAAAGAGAUGGGUCUUUAAUCUAGAUUUAAACUGACAGACUGUGUCUGCAUCCCAAACAGUGUUGGGUAGAUUGUUCCAGAGCUUGGGCGCUAGAUAAGAAAAUGACCUGCCGCCCGCGGUUGAUUUUGAUAUUCUAGGUAUUAUCAAAUUGCCAGAGUUUUGAGAACGCAGAGGACGUGAGGGACUAUAAUGCGAUAGCAUUACAAUAAUCUAACCGUGAGGUCAUGAACGCAUGAAUUAACGUUUUGGCAUUUGCCACUGAGAGUAUAGGUCAUAUUUUAGAUAUAUUUUUGAGAUGGAAAAAUGCAGUUUUACAAAUGCUAGAAAUGUGGAAUUUGAAGCAAAGAUUACUGUCAAAUAGCACACCUAGGUUCCUAACUGAUGAUAAAGAAUUAACAGAGCAGCCAUCGAGUGUUAGACAGUGUUUCUGGUUAUUACUUGAUAAUUGCCUUACCAGUAAGAAAUUACUCGUCAUCCAGUUUUUUUAUAUCAACUAAGCAUUCUGUUGGUUUUGCGAAGUGGUAUGUUUUUUCAGGCCGCAAGGAAAUAUAGAGCUGAGUAUCAUCAGCAUAACAGUGAAAGCUAACACCAUGUUUCCUGAUGAUAUCUCCCAAGGGUAACAUGUAAAGCGUAAAAAGUAACGGCCGCAGUACUGAGCCAUGAGGUACUCCAUACUGCAGUUAUUGAUGGCGGCAGAGAUGUAUAGUAACGAAGUAGAACUACUUCACUACUGUACUUAAGUACUAAAAGGCCGUAUCUGUACUCUACUGGAGUAUUGUUUUUUUCUCCUACUUCCACUUUUACUUCAGUACAUAUUUUCGAUGAGUUUAAUACUUUUACUCCGAUAGAUUUUUUAUGUGCUGCAUUUUCUGAAUGGUGUUUCGUUGCAAUUAUAAAAAUGUUGCGAAUCAUUCCAAACCCACAUUAUCACUGCCAGAGCAGUAGAUGGCUCUGUCACAGGUUUGAAUAAGCUGGCUCAUCAUUGAGCGAAUCAGACGAUCAAAGAAGACAGCGCUGCCUGCCUGCAUUGAGAGCACUUUAGUUAGGUACGCGCGGUUCAUAACAUGCUGCGAUGUUCAGUUAACGUUAACUAGCUGGCUAUCAUAAAGGCUGUCACGCUGAAUGGUGUUUUUGACCCAUCAUAUAUAUAUAUAUAUAUAUAUAUAUAUUAUAAAUCGUAAACCAUGUUUCUUUUCGUUCUGCUUAAUCACGUGCCCAUUAUUAUAGUGUAGUGUUUUAUAUGAUGUCUUUUGACUGCUUUCUUUAAUAACUACAUAACACAAUACUUGUACUUUUACUUUCGGUAUUUGAGUAGUAAAUUUUAAAAUAAACUACUUGCAAAACUUAAGUACAAAAAAUGUUGAAUACUUUAGUACUUCCACUUAAGUAUGGUGCUUAAAGAGCACUUCAACUUCUACUCAAGUCACUUUUUUGAUAGAGCACUUGUACUUUUACUCAAGUCUGGGUCUCUAGUACUUUAUACAUCUCUGGAUGGCGGUCAGAUAAAUAAAAUUUGAACCAUGCCAAUGUACUUCCACUAAUGCCCACAAAUUUUUCUAGUCUAUUCUAGUCCAAUAAUGUUGUGGUUGAUAGUGUUGAACGCAGCACUAAGAUCCAGUAGCACUAACAGAGAGAUACAACCAUGAUCAGAUAAGAGCAGGUCAUUUGUAACUCUAAUGAGAGCAGUCUCAGUACUAUGAUACGGUCUAAAACCUCACUGUAAAUCCUCACAGAUACCAUUUUUCUCUAAGAAGGAACAUAAUUGUGAGGAUGUCAGCUUUUCUAGUAUCUUUGACAGAAAAGAGAAGUUCCAGAUCAGUCUGUAAUGAACUAGUUCUUUGGGGUGAAGUUGUUUUUUUUUUUUGUUUUUUUUUUUAACAAGAGGCUUAAUAACAGCCAGUAUGAAGGUUUUAAUUCUUUACUGUAGGAUAGGGUACAUUCACGCCAUGCAGUACGAAAUACCUCUAGUUUUGUUUUCCUCCAACUGUGCUUCAUUUUCUGGGCUGCUCUCUUUAGAGCACGAGUGUGCUCAUUAUACCAAGGUGUCGGACUGUUUUCCUUUAUCUUCCUUAAGCAUAAAAGAGCAACCGUAUCUAAAGAAGGGGUCACCAAACUUGUUCCUGGAGGGCCAGUGUCCUGCAGAGUUUACCUCUAACUUUCCUCAACACACCUACCUGGAAGUUUUAAGUAUACUUAGUAGCUGCAUGCAUAUAAAAAUGAUCGUCGUAAUCCAGGGGUGGAGAACGUUGAUUCUGGAGGGCUGGUGUCCCUGCAGAGUUUAGCUCCAACCCUGAAAAAAAAAUACCAACCUGUAUCCUGAAGACCUUGAUUAGCUGGUUCAGGUGUGUUUGAUUAGGGUUGGAGCUAAACUCUGCAGGGACGCCAGCCCUCCGGGAACAAGUUUGGUGACCCCUGAUCUAAAGAGUCCAUAGUUCCCUAU